AGAGGGGGGCGGUCGUGACUCAAAACACUGGUUGCCAACCGCAACGUAACCAACCCAAGACGAAGAAGAUGGCGGCUCCUACCCUCAAGAAGUGAACCCAACUCGUUGAGCAUGUAGUUUGUUAUAUCUACUCCAGUUACACGUGUAUGUCGCUACAAGGUCACGAGGUUAACUAGUAAUCAAUAAGAUAAUUGAUCAGUUCACGGGGUUAGCCGCACGUUAGCGGUUAGCUGGUUAGUAGCCUUCGUGUAGCUUAGCUUAGCUUAGCUACGGAGCUCAGCUAUACGCGAGUUAGGGGAACUCAGCAUUAUCAAUAAGCAUGGCGCUCAAGUCUGGAGAGGAGCGUCUGAAAGAGAUGGAGGCUGAAAUGGCUCUGUUCGAGCAGGAGGUUCUCGGCGGUCCGGUGCCAGCGUCAGAAAACCCAUCGGCGAUGGACGGGGUACCCAUAGCGCUCUCUGUCCCGGCGGUUCAAAUGGUGCGAGCCAUUAUCGGCACCAACACCUACAGACAGGUCCAGCAGACAUUAGAAGCCAGAGCUGCUAGUUUUGUGGGUCCUCCACCACCGGUCUGUGCAGGACCAGUCCCUCCAGUACGUCCUCCCAUGCUGAGACCAGCCUUUGUCCCCCAUAUCCUGCAGAGACCCGUUGGUCAGAGGAUGCCGAUGAUGCGUGGUCCUCCAAUAGCACCUCCUAUGCCCCGGCCUCCUCCACCUCCUCCCAUGAUGCUGCCUCCUUCCAUGCAGAGCCAGACACCCCCGGGUCCCUCUCAGCCCAUCCAGCACAUGGCCGCUCCACCUCAGGUCCGCAAUAUGGUCCAGAUGGGGUCAGCCCCACCCACAAGACAAGGACCCCCACCUCCCGUCAAACAGACGCCGUCGAUCAUCCAGGCGGCACCGACGGUGUACUCUGCUCCUCCUGCCUCGUCUGGACAUAAAAGAAUUGACGUCCGAGCUCAGAGACAAGCCCGCAUGGAGGAGCUGGCAGCGCGGGUUGCAGAGCAGCAGGCGGCCGUGAUGGCAGCCGGUCUACUGGACAAGAAGGAGAGCGACGACGGCGCCGUCAUUGGACCCAGCAUGCCCGAGCCCGAGCCGCCCCACGAGCCUGUGGAAAGUGCUAAUGAGGACAAAAGGAGAGCGAGGGCGGAGAAGGUGAAGAAGUGUAUCCGUACUGCAGCGGGGACCAGCUGGGAGGACUCCAGUCUGUUGGAGUGGGAAUCAGAUGAUUUCCGUAUAUUCUGCGGCGAUCUGGGCAACGAGGUGAACGAUGACAUCCUGGCCAGAGCCUUCAGCAGAUACCCGUCUUUCCUCAAAGCUAAGGUGGUGAGAGACAAACGCACGGGAAAGACCAAAGGCUACGGCUUCGUCAGCUUCAAAGAUCCCAACGACUACGUCCGAGCCAUGCGAGAGAUGAACGGGAAGUAUGUUGGCAGUCGUCCCAUCAAACUGAGGAAGAGCAUGUGGAAGGACCGCAACAUGGAAGUGGUGCGCAAGAAGCAGAAAGAGAAGAAGAAACUGGGACUCAGAUAAGGGACUGUGUGUUGUGGCGCCCGUUGGACCGACGACAGGUCGGAUCUGUCCAAUCGGGAGAUGUACUGAGAUUGCAAAGGUGUUGACUUUUUUUUUUCUUAAAUAAAACCAUAAUUUUAGUA